AGGGUGUGAAUCGCAUGAAGAGCAGCAGUGAUGUGGUGGGCGCAGUGCUGCGAGAGCUGAGGCUGCAAGCAGGGGGCACCACAGAGGGCGAGGGGGCCUUUAAACUGACCGUGGCUGUGGAUGGAGUAAAUGCUCUGUGGGGCAAAACAUCUCUUAAAAAGGAGGACAGAACUAUGUGUGAGCCAGAGGAACUGACUUUGAUUCAUAAUCUGAGGAAGAUGAUGAAAAACAAUUGGAGUGGAGGUGCCAUUCUCACAGCUUUGUCUCAGACCGGCUCUGUGUUCAAACCACGGUCUGCUUACCUUCCCAAUGAGCUACUAGGAGAGGAGGGGUUUGAUAGUAUGGAACCUUUUGUGCCAGUUUCUGUGUCCAACUACAAUGAGAAGGAGUUUGAGAGCUGUUAUCUAUACUAUUUAGACCGCAGCUGGCUGCAGCAUCCACACAGUCGAUCUGAAGAAGGAAAGAAAGAGCUUAUCUUUCUCUGCAACAAAAACCCAUCCAUCCUGGAACGAUUGUGUGCCGCCUUGUAAUGCACAUUUGCUUAUUCUUGCAACUGUAUAUCAUGUGAAUUCAACAAAUGUAUAAGUAUGCAACUUUUUUCAUAAUAAAACCAUUUAGAAUAACUUGAAAAAUGUCUACCGCCUUUUUGUAAAGGUAUGAUUUGACUUGAACUUACUUGAUAAAACUGUACUUCACUUAAAAAAAUAUUGUUUUUGGGUGUCACGUGGUGAAAGAGGUGGUCAUGUGAUCGCAGUCUCCCGGAACUCGGUCCAUGGUGCGUGAUUGACUGUUUACAGUCUAGAAACUAUGUACAAUUGUUGAAAGAUGAAGAUGGUUAUUUUUAACAACAUUUAGAGGACAGUAAUGAUAUUAAUAUUUCCAUUUUUAAGCGUCGGAUAAACGUUAAAUACAAAGAAGCGUUUGUCUGCUAAGUUUUAAGAUUGCGCGUUGUUGUUUUUACAUGCAACAAGAAUCUCCACUGCAUCUCGUCGACAGAAUGAGAGAAACGGUUCUUUUCAUUCUGCUGACUGGAGUAAUCGCUAUAGCAAGAGCUGACGACUGUCGAGCACUGAAUUUCGGUCAUGGUUCGGUUGUGUGCUUGUGCAAUGCGACAUACUGCGACUCGGUGGGCCGCACUGGGUUGCCAUAUCCCGGUCAGUUUUUGUCUUAUGUCAGCAGUAAAGCUGGCAGCAGACUCGUAAAGAGUCGAGGCCAGUUUCAGAAGAACAGCACAGGUGCAGCUCUCAGAAUCACUCUGAAUCCCAGUCAGAAGUAUCAGCGCAUUAAAGGAUUCGGGGGAGCCAUGACAGAUGCAGCAGCCAUGAAUAUUCUGUCCCUGUCCUCUGGAGCUCAGGACCAGCUGCUCAGACAGUACUUCUCCCCAGAUGGUAUAGAGUACCGUUUCGUGAGAGUGCCGAUGGCCAGUUGUGAUUUCUCAACUCGCCUCUACACAUAUGCUGACACUCCAGACGACUACAGUCUCCAGAACUUCACGCUGACUGAAGAGGAUAUUCACAUGAAGAUUCCCCUGCUGCAGCGGGCACAGGCUCUCUCUGCUCAGCCUCUCAAUCUAUUUGCCAGUGCCUGGAGCGGCCCCGCCUGGCUGAAGACCAAUGGUGCACUGAUUGGCAAAGGCUCCCUCAAAGGCAAGCCAGGAGGCAAAGAGCAUAAGACCUGGGCUCAGUACUACAUUAGAUUUCUAGAGGAGUAUGGAAAAUAUAAUCUUUCAUUCUGGGGGUUGACAUCAGGAAACGAGCCCACUGCAGGCGAAAUGACAAAUUACAGUUUUCAGGCUUUGGGUUUUACUCCGGAGACACAGCGCAACUGGAUUGCCCUGGAUCUGGGUCCAGGACUCCAUUCCUCAUCCUUUCCCCAAACUCGCCUUAUGAUCCUUGAUGACAACCGACUUCUGCUUCCACACUGGGCCAAAGUGGUUCUGAGUGACGUACAAGCAGCACGUUAUGUACACGGGAUUGGUUUUCACUGGUAUCUGAACAACCUUGCGCCACCUGACUUCACCCUGACAGCCACACACCACCUCUACCCAGAGUACUUCCUGUUUGCAACAGAGGCGUGUUCUGGGUGGAAUCCGCUGGAUCGUGGGGUGCGUCUGGGCAGCUGGGACAGAGCAGAAGACUAUGCACAUGACAUCAUACAGGACCUGAAUAACUAUGUGACAGGCUGGACAGACUGGAACUUGGCCCUUAAUCAGGAUGGAGGGCCAAAUUGGGUUAAGAACUUUGUGGACAGCCCUAUUAUUGUGGACCCAAGUAAAGACGUCUUCUACAAGCAGCCCACCUUCUACAGCAUGGCCCACUUCAGCAAGUUCCUGUGGGAGGGGUCACAGAGAGUGGGCGUGUCCUACAGUCAGCACACCAGCAUGGAAAUUUCUGUCUAUAUCAGACCUGAUGCUUCAGCCGUGUUAAUCGUUCUCAACAGGUCUGAAGAAGAGAUGCAGUUUGAGGUUUGGGAUCAAACGCUGGGCUUUUUGUCAGAAAGAGCUCCAGCUCACUCCAUCCUCACCCUACUGUGGAGCAGACGCUGAAUGGCUGAACCAAACACUGCGUCAGUAAGCCACAUAUGCACCUUAAUGAGUAACUCAAAUAAUUUCAGUCAAGCUUUAAGCCAGUAACAUUUCAAAUAACUGCAACAACCACGAUUACAAAGAAAUUUCACUGGAGUCAAUGGUGGUUUAUAAUCUAUCCAUCUCGCUUGAUAAAUCUUAAGGCAAGCUGUUUUUGAGCAUGCUAGGAUUUGGCAGUCAAAAGAUGAUUUAUGGGGUCAAUUAUCAAUUUUAAAGGCAAUUAAAAAAAUAAUGUGAUUGAGUCAUGUUUUAACAAGUAAUGCCAACAUUCCUGGAAAAAACUUGAUGUAUAAAAUUCCUUGCACUGAAGACACUAAGAAUUAACAAGACACAAUAAAUGCAACUUUUCAUCUCGUCUGAGAAUGCAUAUUUAUGUCAACAAAAAUCAAUAGGAAGGUCUGAAUGCAUUUGUUGUUCAUCUGUGCCAUAAGAUCAACAUGUUUCCUGGUGUUUAGUCAGUUUUAUUAUUAAUACAUCAUGGUCAUACACAUCAUAUAAUAUAUAUACUUUAAUAUUUA